AUCUAAAAAAUCAUAACCCCACUUUCACAGCGUGUUUCAUUUGUCACGUGUAAUGUAAUUUCUUACGUUAUUUUCGUUUAAAAGCGCCGGUUUUGGACGAAAUAAAGAUGAGCACCUCACUGAGCGAGCAACUCAAGCGUUUGGCGUUGCCCCAAACUUCGCUGUUACAGAGGGACAAGAAACGUCCAUCUUUACUUUUCGACCCUAAAGAGGCAGCUGGAUUGAAACGUGAGACUGUUUACCAAAUAGGACUUGACGGUUUGGAGGAAUUGAUCAAUAAAAACCCAGUCUUUGAACAGUUUAAAAACAACAUUUUUCACUUGACUUCAAAAAAAUUUGAGCGUUCGGUGCAAUCCGCUGACGCAAACAAAAAGUUGGAUAAAGUGAUUAGGAAAUUUAUGCUGCAAUUGUCACCUUAUUUUUUGCUGAACUGUUCACAUAAGGCACUUGAAUGGCUUAUAAAUAGAUACAACAUCCAUGAAUUUAACAGAGAAGAUUUGCUUAUGCUUAUAAUGCCGUAUCAUGAGUCGAAUAUUUUCGUCAGAGUGGUGCAGUUGAUGAAAUUUAAAGAUGAGAAUGAUAGUUGGUUCUUUUUGAAAUCGCUUCAAAAAACUGGAGUUCAUCUCACUAAACAAAAUCUACUGAACCACGCAUCUAGCGAUGUGUAUUUCUUAAAAUUCGUCGCUAAAUUCAUUGCUCUGCUUGUGAAGCAAUUUGAAAAACCCUCGUUACUCACUGUAGCUUUCAAUUUUUAUUGCACUGUUUUCGUGGGGGCUAUUGAAAAUUCUCUCGAAUUAAAUGAAGCUCAAAUCACUCAGAUGCUACCAGCGCUUCUCAAAGGCCUAAGUUCAGACAUCCCGGAUUUUUGUGCCGCUUCUUACGUUAUUUUGGGGCGACUUGUGAUGAAAACGCCUCUAACUGAUGCAAUUUUGGACAAAUUCGUUGAAAAAAUAUCUGAGUCGAAGGUCGAGACUUUGAAAACUGAAUCAAUUUUGACUCUGUUGAUUCUUUACCAAUCUCAAAGUCACUAUAAUUCUAUUUCUGAAUCGGCUUGCUACAGUUUGAUAUGCAAAAAUUGGUUACCGAAAGUCUUGCAAGAUUUGAGCAACGGAAAUUGUUUCGUUACACCAUUCUUGAAGGCUUUGGUCAAGGGGUGCUUGUAUGGGGCUGUUAAGUUCGACUUGGAGGAGUAUCGUGCAUUUAUGAAGACUCUUCUAGCGGCAAUUAAAUUCGACGACUCUUUUAUGGAAAUAUUUUUAAGUCUUUUGCUGGACGGAACUAAAACCAAAAAACCCUACUCUGAAGACCUCCAAAAGUGGCUAACUGAAAUAAUUGAAACUCUCGAACGCCAGUAUCCCGACCAAUUUGACAAAGAAGUAUACAAAAUUCUGUCGACAACCCAACAAGGCAAAGUGAUCAAAAGGCGAAAAUCCCUUCAAAAAAUCCUCUCGGAAACAAUGACAAUUAGAUGCAAAUUCGACGUUUUGGCCAAGUUAUACCACCCCAAUGUCGUAUUCAGGAAGGAAGCAAUUGCAUACUUGGUGAAUAAUUACGACUCUCUUCGAGAACGCGAAAAAGAAAUGGUCAAAAGCUCGUUUAUUGAUCGUUUGAACGACGACAGCGUCGAAGUCGUUUAUGAAACACUAAUUCUGAUCAAGAAUAUCCCUGUUCUGAAAACAGACGCACUUAAAGACGUUUUAAUUAAACUGGCCUACAAAUAUCAAAGCGAUUUGAGGACUUGGGAGUCCGUUUCGACUGAAAUCGUGCUGAUGUUGUGUGAGCAAAGCGAGUCAAAUGACUGGGAGACUUUCGUGGCCGUGCUUCCCUAUUUGUUACCAAACUCUGAAAGUCAGUUAAGUGCAGCGCAAAAAAUUGCUGAGACUUCAUUCUGUCGAGGGAAUCCCUUACUCAAGAAGAUUAACACCAAAGGAGAGGAGUGUGCGCAGUUUUGUAAUAGCGUUUUUGAUUCAAUGAGGAACGACAGCAGUGACUUGAUCCACGACUUUAUCACUAGUAUUCAGAAAACGCCAGAUCGCUGUGUACUCAGUAAAUAUCUGGUAAUUUUAAUUUUGAGUUGCAUACUACCCGAAAAUAGUUCAAUUGAUACCAACAUCACCAUCAUCAAAAUCUUUAUCGACUUUAUCGAAAAUUGCGAAAUUAAAUACGAAAAAGGAAACGCUUUUCUUCAAAAACAUAUCAGUGUUGCCCGGGCCGGCAAACUACACAUUGAAGGAUUUCUACUUUGCUUGAAAAAUGUAAUUGUAAAGACACGCAGACCGGAAGUUGAAUUGGGCCGUGUAGACUUACAUAGCGACACCGACUUUAAUCAAUAUUUCACUUUACUUGCCACCACAUUACUUAAAAACACGCCAAAUCACAAGAAGUACGUCCACGUCUUUAUUAACUACUUCUGCAAAAAUUUCAGAUGCAAAAUUGAGUUUUUGCUAAACUUGAUUAAUAGUGGAAAAAGUCAAAAUUUGGAGUUUUUGACCGAAAGUGUGUCACUAGUUGUGAAACUGUUGUCCAGUGUCAAGGACAGCAAAGAGAUGGGUUCACUUUUGGACGAGAGUGAUAUUUUUAUUCCCCAGCUUUUGGCCUUGUUGCUACACACGUCGGAGGAGGUUAAGCAGAAGAGUUUCCGAAUUGUUGAAAUUUUAGCCGAAGUGAAGCAACAUCCUCACCAACAUCUCUUUAGGGAGUUGUUGGAUCAGAGGGAGGAAAUUGUUGUUGACAAUGAUCAGUUGCCACUUAUUUUGUAUAACUUUUUAUCACCGUCUACUGUUAAAGAUUCGAAAGUUUUGGAUAAUGCCAAAGUGCUUAAAACAGCCUUGAUCAAGACAAGUUGUGGCCAAUACCCGGUCUAUUUGAAAUCAAAAAUGUUGGAGCUUUUGUCCCACAUUAACACUAUAGAAAUUUUUGAGGAAACAUCACGUGACUGCUUGGAUUUGCUCAAAUCACAAAGUAAGAGUCUGGACGAAGUUAAAUCAUCGAUUGUCGUUCGAAAUUUGCAACGUUGCCAGCCCACCAUCGCUGGAAAUAUCAAACUCGGCACUUGUGUCUGGUCAUUGAUUGAGACUUGUCUCAAAGAAUCAGACUUCACUCUCACUAUUAGCUCAAAACCGGAAUUUGCAACAGUCCUACUAUUGAAACAAUUCGAUCGCGAAUUUUUCGUCCAACUAAACCGUCAAGUUGAAGAAAAACUUCUCGAUUUGAUCAUCGAAACGGCAACUUUGACCAAAAACCCGGAAGUCCUUCCGGUCGUUCGUCACACUAUUAAAGUCAUCGAACUCGACGCUAAACUAAUUUUAAGUCAUUUCGUCUCAAUGAGAGACGUCCAGUCUCCUAAAAUCGACCCCAAUAAAUUAAAACGGAGGAUAAGUGUGGUGCCCACCGUCGACAUUUUGGAUACUCUGGAGUGGCGCAAGGGCCUAACAGCGCUCGAGUUUAUCCAAGACAAGAAAAAGUUGACAAACAUCGAUGUUUUGUUCCCGGUCUUGUUUGAAAUUUUGAAAAAGUGUCUCGAUUUUGAUGAGCAAGCCGCAGUGGAAUACCCCAAGCAGUUGAUUCUCUUGUCUAUACUAUACUUGGGAGAAAAAAUCGACAAAAAUGCUAUUGCUGAGACUACAUUUAAUAUGGAAUUGAUCGUUCAGUGCAUCAGGGCGUCACAAAAUCCCCAAACUCACUAUUGUGCUCUUCUCAUGUUGUCGUUUUCGGCCGAGUUGUUCCCAUCGCAAGUUUUGCACCAUAUUAUGGCGAUUUUUACAUUUAUGGGGUCGUCGGUUUUAAGACACGAGGAUGCGUAUAGUUUUCAGAUUAUAACGAGGAUUAUUGAUACUGUGAUACCGAUUCUAGUCAAGGAUAACAAUCCUGAAACUAUAGCGAAGGUUUUGAGGGUUUUUGUGGACGCGCUUUUGGACGUUCCGGAGCACCGGAGAAUGCCAAUAUAUGGGCAUUUGUUGACGAAAUUGGAAGUCAAGAACAACCUUUACAUAUUUUUGUUGCUCAUCUUCGAGUCACAUGUCAAUCAUAGUCACCGAGAGAAAAACAAAGAAGACGACAUGAAACGGUUAGAAAUCGCAGCGAGUAUUUGUCGAGAAUUUUCCCCCGAAAUCGUGAUUCAAAAUUGUAUUAACUUGAUGAAAUAUUUGCAGGAUUUGCCAGACGAAGUUGAUAGUGACAAUACGAGUUCGUCUUUUGAUAUUCACUACAAAACACCGAAACAAUUCCGUCACUACAAAUACACUUUAAUUAUUUUUACUGCGAGGCUACUAUCAUCGAAAGAGUUUGUUUUUCAAGUCGCUUCGUUGAAAAAUGACGAAUCGCUAGACUUGCAACAACUUUACAAAGACAUGAUUAUAAAUAUCUUGACUUACAUUUAUCGAAUUUCGAAAAUUGCAGAUAAGAAUGCAAACACACAACAUGCCAAGUAUUGGAAAGUCAUUCUCCAUUUGAGUUACGAUAUUUUAGAUAGUGUUAACGCACUGUUAACUCCUCAAAUGUUUUUGUUGGUGAUUAAAGGCUUGAUGUUGCAUAAUUUUAGUACGAUACGGAGGCGUAGCAUGGAGUUGUUGAAUUCGAAAUUACAGAAUAAUCCUUCAUUUUUUGAAGACUGCACUUCGGAACAAAUCUACUCUCUUAUACCUCCACUUAUCUCAAUAAUUAAAAAUGUGGAUGAGGCGCAAAGUGAAAGUGAUGACGAAUUGAUAGUGCAGACUGCUCUUCUCUCGUUGAAACUCUUGAUUAAGUUUCUGGUUUCGGAUUAUCAUGACAAAUUAGCAGAAAUUCUCGAUUUUGUCACCGAUUUAGUCAAAAGUGGCAAAGUUCAAAACAAUGUCUUAGCUUCAGUUUUACUUUGUUUAGCUGAACUUUGUACGAAUUUACGAGCCCACGCUAUUCCAAGCCUCCCAAAUUUUAUGCCGGCAAUUUUGAAGAUUUUAAAGCAACAGAAAAGUCAAGAAUCGUCAAAUUUGCUUCUAUUGAGUUCGGUCACAGCCUUACAAAAAAUUGUAGAAACACUGCCUCUUUUUCUAAGUCCUUAUCUGGAGAAAUUGCUUUAUGAAUUGUCUCUACUUGCAAAUAACUGGACUGGAGACCCCAAUGAAGAACGAUUACAGCCGGUGGUCAAUAAAUUGUCAAAUUUGCGACAACAAAUCGGUACUUUAAUUCCUCCUAGAGUCCUAAUACCGGUUCUUGGGCAAAGUUAUAAUCGAUUGAUCACGAAACAAGCCUUCAAUGCUGUGGGAUUUUUGCUCGACAUUUUAGCCGUAAAUUUGAAUCACCUGAACGGGGCUGAAAUUAGCGCGAAUUUGCCUGAAUUGACAAACUUUUUCCUUAAUGCUUUGCAAUUCAGGACUGAUCAAGAAACAACAUUCGAACAAGCCAACGAAGUGGAGUCGCAAAUCGUCAAAGCUUUAACUAAACUGAUUUUAAAACUGUCGGAAAGUACUUUUAAGCCCUUGUAUUAUAAACUGUUUGAUUGGGCGGCACGUCACGAGCAAAAAACUGAAAGACUUAUCACUUUCUACGCCUUGUCGAGUGGAAUAGCGGAAGCUUUGAAAAGUCUUUUUGUCUUAUUCGCCGGUCAUUUCCUCAACAAUGCUGCCCAGAUUUUGGACUCUUGCAACGUUAUUAGGAGUGAGACUCUCUAUUUCGAUGAUGAGAAGAAAAAUGUUCUCUUGUUGGAAAAUGUUUUGAAGACUCUUCAUGCAGUGUUUUUGUAUGAUAAUCACAAAUUUGUUAACAAGGAUCGGUUUGAGGUUUUGAUGCAACCAUUGGUUGAUCAGUUGGAAAACAUUUUGGGUGGUGUUGAGGAAUUGAAAAGGAGAAAUGAUGAGUUGGUCACGCCGACGAUUGUACAAUUUGCGGUGGCCACGGCUGAUGAUUCGUUAUGGAAGCAGUUAAAUUAUCAGAUUUUGUUGAAAAUGAAGCAUAAUUCUCCGGAAAUUCGGUUGGUUUCGUUGAAUUGUUUGAAGGAAAUGGUGACUAAAUUGGGAGUUGAUUAUUUGCCACUGUUGCCGGAAACGAUUCCAGUUUUGGCCGAGUUGUUAGAGGAUGAGGAGGAAAGUGUGGAAAAAGCAUGCAGGAAGGCAGUUCAAGAAAUGGAGAAGAUUUUAGGGGAACCCAUUGAAAAGUAUUUUAAAAUGUAAAUAUUUUUUUAAUAACUUUUUUUUAUUAAUUUAUGUAAUUAAAGAAAGGAAUAAACUUUUUGUUUUAUGAA